AUGAAAUACAAACCUUCUUUGAUUUGGAUUAUUUAUCUUUUGACUUUCACAAAAUUAUUCGAUCAAUGUACAAAUUCAAUAAUUAUGCAAUUCAAUAAUAGAAGUUUAGAUUGUAAUAAUAAUGAUGAUUAUGAAAGUAAAUUAUUUAAAAGAUUAUUUCAAUCACAAUCGAUUAGACAUAAAAUAUAUAGUUUAGUUAAAAUUAUUAAUCGUCAAGAGUCAGCUGCGUAUAGAAGUAGUAAAUUAGUUAAUAAUCCUACACAGUUUGUCAAGCGAAGAUUAUUCUUUGAUUACUAUGACCUUGGUUGUUUCCCAGAUCAGCUGAUCAGAUAUGGUUAUCACGAGAGAUACAAACAGAUAUUCAACACUCUGAUUAGAGAUCAACGUCCAACUUUAUUACAAAGUUACUAUCAUCGUUUCUAUUUGAAUUAUCUAUAUUAUUUCAAUAGGAGAAAAUAUGGUGAACAGAUGCAAUAUGUAAUAAAGCAAAGCCAACAAAUACUACUAGAAAGCGGUGCUCUCACCACCUCGUCAAUAUCAAAAGUAAUGAAGCGAAGCAUCGUUCAAUUCAAAGACUACAAUGAAAGUAACUUUAAUAUGGAGGAUGAUUGUAGACCACUUGAAAGUAAUAGUUAUGUAAUGUUUAAACAGCUGUUUUUACAUUCUAUGAAUGUUGCUGCUCAGAUGGGUGCACUGGAUCUCAUUGAAAUGGUAUACAAUACAUUCCCAACAGAGUUGGAUUUCAGAUCGAUCUUGGAGAAAGCUGUUCAAUAUGGUCAUCUUUCAAUCGUUGAAUUCAUUCACAACAAUGUCAAAGAUGCAAGUGUUUUUUAUAGAAUAUUUGACAAUACAGUAGGAACAUCUCAACUUUCAAUGAUAGAUAUCGCAGCACAACACGGUCAACUAGAGAUAUUAAAGUAUUUGCAUUUAAAUCUAGCUGAAGGAUGUAAAUCCACCUUUGCUAUUGAUUUAGCAUCAUCCAAUGGACAUAUAGAAUGUGUCAAAUUCCUUUACAAUAAUCGAACUGAUCGUUUAACCAACAAUACUAUUGAGGAAGCAGCUCACGGUGGACAGCUGGAUAUGGUUGUAUUUCUGCUUAAUAAUUAUAAAAAGUACUUUAAAAAAGAUAUGGCUUUACAUAUGGCAGUUGGCAAAAAUCAUAUGGAAAUUGUCAAAUUCCUCUUGUCAAAUAGAUCAGAGAAGAUCACAUCAAAUUGUAUUAGCUUGGCGGCAUUGAAUGGUAAUCUUGAAUUAUUAAAGUUACUCACAUCACAAAAACCAAAUACAAUAGAGACAAAUGAAAAUCUAAUGGAUGAAGUUGCGCGAGAUGGAAAUUUAGAAAUCAUUCGAUUCCUUAAUGAGAAUACCUCUGCUCAGUGUUCAACCAAAGCAAUAGAUAAUGCUUCAGCAAAUGGCCAUUUGGAUGUUGUCCAGUAUCUCAAUUUCAAUCGAACAGAAGGUUGUUCUCAUGCAGCUUUACAUCUUGCUCUUCUUGGUAAUCAUUUGGAGGUUGUUCAAUUUCUAGAGGAACACAAACAAUUGGCUAUUGAUUAUUCAAAAUCACUAUUUAUGAUAAACACAAGAAAUCCUAAUUUCCAAACAUUCAAAUAUACUAAUGAUGGAAUACCAAAGGAUAUGGUGAUCGAUAAAACCCAAGUGAAAAUAGACUCCUUUAUUAAAGAGAAAGAUACCACAGUUUUAGAUUGGUUCAAGGAGAAAGGAUUUCAAUUCUCUGAAGAUGCUUUCGAUAUUUCAAUCAAUAGUAAUUGUCUUAUCACUUUCAAAUGGUUGCAUAAGAACACAAACUAUCCACUUACAGUGCCAUUGACAUGUAAAGCAAUUGCUGCUGGUAGUCAUUCAAUUGUUGAAUAUCUCAAUGAAAUUGGAGCACCAUUCCCACAAUUCCCAAUGGAUAUUGCACAUGAUCUUCAGAUGCUCAUUUAUCUUCAUCAAAAUAGAACUGAAUCGUGCACAAUACAAGCAAUGGACAAUGCAAUCAAUCAUGGUGACAUUCAAAUGAUUAAAUAUCUCAAACAACACAACUUUGAAAUUCAACAAAACAAUCAACCGAAACAAUAUCGUCUUCAAAAGAAUAGUCUGUGUAUUGGAUACAAUUCAAGACUUGAAUUAAUCAAGAGUAAUCAUCUUUAA